AUGGUGGAGGAGAAAAAAUGGAAAUUUUUAUUAAAACUUUAACUGGAAAAACAAUUACUUUAGAUAUCCAAUCAAAAGAUACAAUCGGCGAUAUCAAGAAAUAAAUAUCAAAUAAGGAAUGAAUCAAUCAUGAUUAGUAUAGCUAAUUUUUGCAGGAUAAAAUUUAUAAGAUGA